CCGUUCCCUUCCUCCUCUCGGCCGGGUUGGUGUGUCUUCCUUCCGGCUUGCUGAAGAAAGUUGAGGGAGGUUCAGCAGUAACUGGGCUUUUUCAUAAUGGAUAGUCAGGGAAGGAAAGUGGUGGUCUGUGACAAUGGAACCGGGUUUGUCAAGUGUGGCUAUGCAGGCUCCAACUUCCCAGAGCACAUCUUCCCUGCACUUGUUGGGAGGCCCAUCAUCCGCUCCACAGCCAAAGUGGGAAACAUUGAAAUCAAGGACCUGAUGGUUGGGGAUGAAGCCAGCGAGUUGCGCUCGAUGUUGGAGGUCAACUAUCCCAUGGAGAACGGCAUCGUUAGGAACUGGGAUGACAUGAAGCACCUGUGGGACUACACCUUUGGCCCGGAGAAGCUCAACAUUGACUCUCGCAACUGCAAGAUCCUGUUGACGGAGCCCCCCAUGAACCCUACUAAGAACCGUGAAAAAAUCAUUGAGGUUAUGUUUGAGACCUACCAGUUUUCAGGAGUCUACAUUGCUAUUCAAGCUGUGCUGACCCUGUAUGCCCAAGGACUUCUGACUGGUGUAGUGGUGGACUCCGGGGAUGGUGUGACACACAUCUGUCCAGUUUAUGAAGGAUUCAGCCUGCCCCACCUGACGAGACGCCUGGACAUUGCAGGCAGGGACAUCACUCGCUACCUCAUCAAGUUGUUACUGUUGAGGGGUUAUGCCUUCAAUCACUCUGCCGACUUUGAGACUGUGCGCAUGAUGAAGGAGAAGCUGUGCUACGUAGGCUACAACAUCGAGCAGGAGCAGAAGCUGGCGUUGGAGACCACUGUGCUGGUGGAAUCAUACACGCUGCCAGAUGGCCGUGUGAUCAAGGUGGGAGGAGAGCGGUUUGAGGCCCCGGAGGCUCUGUUCCAGCCGCACCUCAUCAACGUGGAGGGUGUCGGUGUGGCCGAGCUCCUCUUCAACACCAUCCAGGCGGCAGACAUAGACACCAGGCCUGAAUUCUACAAACACAUCGUGUUGUCAGGAGGAUCCACCAUGUACCCAGGCCUGCCCUCUCGCCUGGAGAGGGAACUCAAGCAGCUGUACCUGGAGCGUGUGCUGAAGGGAGAUGUGGACAAGCUUUCGAAAUUUAAGAUCCGCAUUGAGGAUCCUCCCAGGCGAAAGCACAUGGUGUUCCUGGGCGGUGCCGUGCUGGCCGACAUCAUGAAGGACAAGGACAACUUCUGGCUGACCCGAGAGGAGUACCAGGAGAAAGGAGUCCGCGUGCUGGAAAAACUGGGAGUCACCGUCAGAUAAAGCUCUGAACGGACACAACCAAGCAUACACACACGGUCGAAUACAUACACACACACACACACACACACACACACGCACGCAUACAUGACUCGCACACAUUUCCCUCUUUGCCCCAUCGCAGAGUAUAUAUCUAUUUAUCCCUCUUCUUUUCUUUAUCUUUCGGCUCUCGCUUCUCCUCAAACAUCCUAAGAGAACCGAGCCGUCGCCUCCUCUCUCUCCUUUCAGCCUCUCUUCUCACUGGGUUUGGGAUUGGCUCACAAAGCCCUGAUUUCCACUUUACCCUCUUUCUUUUAAAUAAAAAUGAAAGGGUUAA